CGAAUAGGCCCAUGAUUUCUGAUAUCCCACAUUCCCACUUCUCCCCCUUUCUCUCUUCGCCGAACACAAUCUCUAAUCCGUUAACCCCUCUCUGAACCCGAACCACCCACCGUCGACUGCUGCCGUCGCCGCCACAACCACCAUCGUCAACGUCAAUCAUCGAUACAGAUCUCAUACAUAAACAGCUACUUUAAUGACGGUUUUAUCCCCUCUUCUCUAAGAAUUACCAGCUCUACUCUAAUGGACACGCCGCCCAAGACUCUCCGUGGUCUUAACAAGCCUAAGUGUAUUCAAUGCGGCAAUGUUGCUCGCUCUAGGUGUCCUUAUCAGUCAUGCAAAAAUUGCUGCUUCAAAGCUCAAAAUCCAUGUCAUAUUCAUGUUUUGAAAGCAAAUCCAACUGUUCCGGAAAAGACACCAACUUCAAAUUCUCCUCAAUCUGACCAGCAGUUAUCUGAAAUAUCUCCUGUAGCGAGUUCACUUAGAGUUGCAUCCCUUCGGCAACUUUCUAAUCAAUUUUCUCAAUUCAAUAAUUUGCAAGCUUCACGCUCAAAGAAGCCAUUGACUAGAAAGGAAGCUGCGGCUAUAAAUGAAUGGAGAUUUUCCAAGUUGAAGGAAUACAGAGAAAGGAACAUUGAAGUGGAGAAUGAAGCAUUUGAUCGGUACAUGCAGAACAUUAGCUUACUAGAGGAGGUAUUGUCUGUGAAAUCUAUUCUAGAAAGCUCCACUAAAGAAUCCACAGAAGAUUGUUCCCUUUCAUCGGAUCCUGACCAUGCUGCUGCUAAAUAUGAAUGUGAGAAAGUAACUGCCUUGCCGAAUUUGAAGCUUCGAUUGAAACCUACAAGAAGUGAGAAUGAUCGAAAGAGAAUACAACAAAUUGUUGAUGUAGGAUUACAAAAGCUUCAAAAACGAGAGUUUAAAGAUCGCCUUAAUGACAUAGACAACAAUAAUGAGGAUGAUAAAAAGCCAGAAAAGACGAAGAAUUUGCGGGCAGAAAGGACGUCAGCUAUAAGUGAUCUAAUCGACAAAUUGAACAAAGCCCGAAAUGAAGAGGAUCUAACAGCAUGCAUGGAGAUGAAAGCGCAGCUCUACAAUCACCAAAACGAGACCAAAGAUGCGGAGGCAUCCGAGAAACAGACUGCCAAAAAAGAAUUGAAUUAUCUUUCACAAAAAUUGUUUAGAACAGUAGAAAUUGAUCAGGAAGAUCUCAACAAGAUAGACAAUCACUUCUUGACUUUAGAAAAAGUAGUAAAUUUGUGAGAUGUAAUUAGAUGGAUAUGCAAUAGUGAAUGCAGUUUAAGGUGGUUCAACCAGAAGAUUUUAAACUA